AUCUGCCUGUAGUAGGUAGGACAAUAUCUACUAGCGGUGGGUUUAGGUUGUUAUAGUGAGUGUGGUCUCGUGAAAAGAAAUUUGUUUUUUUUAUUUAAUAAACUAGAAUAUACAAUAAUGGGAAAUCCCAAGGGCAUGGUUGUCCAAAAGAAAGUGGGGGUCCCUCGUGCAUCUACUGCUACAUCUUUCCUGUCCUGGUUUUGCACAUAAUAUAUAUAGAGAUCCGUUCGUCAGCAAAGGCUCAAAGCUUUGUCUAAGAUUCCCCCAAGUUGCAGUGUGUUCAUUGAAAGAUCAGAAUUAGAAUAGAUGUAAAAUUCUUGUGGUGUUGUAAUGGCCGCCAAGAAAACGUCACCAUUGAAGGGAUUAGAGGCAGAGGAAUACCAAGAACUUGAAGGCCUCAUUGAAAAUUACCACAAAUUUGAAGCUUCUCCCAACACUACCACUUCCCUCAUCACCCAACGCAUCGAUGCCCCUCUCGACGCCGUCUGGCCCUUCGUCCGCAGCUUCGACAAUCCCCAGAAGUAUAAGCAUUUCAUCAAAAGCUGCAAAAUGUCAGCAGGUGAUGGCGGCGUUGGCAGCAUCAGAGAGGUGACUGUCGUCUCCGGUCUCCCGGCAUCAACGAGCACAGAAAGGCUAGAGAUUUUGGACGACGAGAAGCAUAUUUUGAGCUUCAAGGUCGUCGGAGGAGAGCACCGGCUGAACAAUUACCGAUCAGUGACGUCAGUGAACGAGUUCAACAAAGACGGCAAAGUUUACACCAUCGUUUUAGAGUCUUAUAUCGUCGACAUACCGGAAGGGAACACCGGCGAGGACACGAAAAUGUUUGUGGACACCGUCAUCAAGUUGAAUCUUCAAAAACUUGCUGGGGUUGUCAUGGCCUCUCUGCAUGAACACAAUUAGGGGUGGCGACGGCGGAUCUCCGCCGGCGGAGGAUGGGAUGGGACGUUUUUUUCAUUUAUUUUUAAAUGUUCGUAUGAUGAUUAGUGGUGGGUCGGAAUGUUUUUGCAGGUUGAAUUUGAAUUUUCGCUUGUUCUAAUUCAUUGGGUUGGCGGAUAAUGGAUUGGUUGGGAGAAGAAAUUACCUGAUUCAUAUUA